CAGCUCAUCCAAUGUGACAAUUGCGACAUGUGGUAUCACUAUGGGUGCGUUGGUGUAGAAAAGGAUGACCCACGACUGGACUCGGAAGCCGCAUUCAUAUGUCCCUUAUGUUUUGUUCAAAGUAACUCUUCGUUGCAUGAUGCAGUUCCUGUUGCUUAUAAUAGACCUUGCAGUUGCCAGGCGCCAGACCACCAGGAACCGUACAGAGACAUGCGCACGACCUGACUGUCCACAUGUAGCAGAGGCAGAAGAUGGUUUGUACUUUGUCGAACGUCUUGUCGGGCGGGAAUCGGUUGGGCAAGCUGGCUACCGCUGGUUGGCGAAAUGGGAUGGUUACCCGAUGAGUGAAGCGAGCUGGAUUCCAGAGGGCAAUGUCACUGGGCACGCAGACAACUUACUCAAACAAUUCGAGGAGGAUGCACGCCGUGAGGGAUUGGACUUGAGUGAGGAGCUGAUAAUUCUCAGCGAGGCAGCGGCAGCUGGAUGGCCUUGUUAAAUCGACGACCAACCUCCACUGGUCAGGACUGUUGCUCACCUUUGCUGCAGGAAUAUUUCAAACCAUUCGAUUCAGCUACGUCACGCUUUUUUUUCCAUAUCGUACUUGUAAAGGUAUCACGUUCGCCAUGUCUGCUAAUCUGCAGGUUCGCUGGCGUUCUCCCGUAGUUAAUAUUGUACCCAAGUAGCUCAUUAGAAGUAUGGCGACAAGUCAAUUAUGAUGGUUUUUGAUCAUAGGUGGACC